AUGCCUGCCAAUCUGUCGCUUUAUCCUGACGCCGAAUUGAUCAGAGGCAAUGUCACUGUCCCUUUUCAUCCCCGCGAUCGCCUUUUCAGCCCUCCACUCAGCACUCGAGGCCGCGAUAUCGUCGACAGAGACGGCAAGCGAAUCAAGCUCGUCUCAGUGAACUGGUACGGAGCCAGUGACAUAUACAUGGUGCCCGGUGGCUUGGACAUACAGAACCGAACCAAGAUUUCUCGUACCAUUCGGGAGUUGGGAUUCAACAGCGUCCGGCUGCCGUAUGCCGACGAGAUCGUGCGCAAGAAUCCCGUUGUUGAAGCUGAACUUUUGACAGCCAACCAAGACCUUGUUGGGUUGCGCGCUCUGGAUGUCUAUGCUGCUGUUGUCCGCACCCUGACCGAGACAGGUCUGGCUGUAAUCAUCAACAACCAUAUCACGCAGGCAAGAUGGUGCUGUGAUGGGUAUCCGUGUGACAUGGGAUGGUCGAACAGUGACCUUGGACCUUUAUGUCCUAUCCGGCAGACCGAGGAAGACUGGAUUCAAGAUCUCAUAACCGUGAUGGAACCCCAUAUCGACAAUCCUCUGGUGGUUGGCGUGGACCUGCGUAAUGAGGUCCGUGGGUUUGCAGGCAGAUUCCUGUGGGACUCCUGGGCAUCCGCUGCCGAACACGCAGCAGAACGACUCCACCGACUUGAACCCAGAUGGUUGAUGAUAGUGGAGGGCGUGCAGUCCGCCAACGACAUCAGGGGUGCUCGAGAUCGGCCCAUUCGCCUGACGCAGCAGAACAGGUUGGUAUACUCAUCUCAUGUGUAUGGAUGGUCAGGUUGGGGAUCCUUGGUGCCUUACUGGUACCGCACGUACAAGUCCUUCGCCGAAGACAUGGACAAGAACUGGGAGUACCUCCGUGAGACAGAUACCGCUCCUGUCUGGGUGGGUGAGAUCGGGGCUCCCAAUUCCCCGUCAAGACGAGACUACCAUUACUGGAAGAAUCUCAUGAAGUAUUUGAGAAAGUGUGACGCCGAUUUCGCCUACUGGGCAAUCAAUCCGCGCAAGCCGAAGAGUGAUGCCACGGAGACGUAUGGACUUUUGCAGGAUGACUGGGAAACACCAGUCUACGACUACAGGCUGUUGGAUAUGGCUGCGCUGAGGCAGAAAUAG